CCUCAUCUUGCAGAUCGCUUGGUUCGCCCGUGUCGGCCUUCCCAAAUUCUUUAACGAGGCGAUUCCUGGUAGCAAACACUGCUCCGCAUCAUCACUAGGUUCUUCGUUCACGUGAAGAAGCUGCUCUCGUCGAACUAAGCACAGAACCCAGAGAGAGAGAGAGAGAGAGGGAGAUGGCGUUCAGGGGGAAGGAGAUGAUGAAGAAGGUGCUGAAGCGGGUGGGCGAGAACAACCUGGCGCCCGGCGUCAAGGAGACCCUGGAGAAGUGCAUCCCCAAGUCCCAAAUCGUCAUGGGUCGCGCCCACCGUGGCAUCUUCGCCGGCCGCCACAUCCGCUUCGGCAACCAGGUCAGCGAGGACGGCGGCAACAAGUCAAGGAGGAGCUGGAAGCCAAAUGUGCAGGAGAAGCGUCUGUUUAGUUACAUUCUUGACCGCCAUAUUCGUGUCAAAGUGACAACCCAUGCUAUCCGUUGCAUUGAUAAGGCAGGUGGUAUCGAUGAGUAUCUGCUGAAGACACCUUAUCACAAGAUGGACACAGAAAUGGGUCUGUAUUGGAAAUCGAAGAUUGAGAAGCUUUAUGAAGAGCUCGGGAAAAUGGAGGUGGUUUUCUUUUCUCCUGAGGACGAAACCAAGUUCGAGCAAGGUUUUAAACAGCUGAAGCUUGAAGAGAGGGUGGCUCGUAGAGACUUCAGAAGGCAGAUGUACUGGUACAUCGGGCAAAGGAAGCUGGCUGGGGAAGGUCAAGCAAGCGAUCAAGCAACUCAAGAGGAGUCGCCGAGGAUUGGCGACAGACACUGGCACGCGGAUGAUCACGAUCAAGCACACAACCAGCAGUUGGUUGCUUACUCUUAAUUUUGUUCGCAGUUGAACAAUUGUAAGAUUUUUGCUAGUCGUUGCGCCGGUUGGAGUUCUUUUUGUCACUGAUAAUAAGAUUUGAACUUGGAGGAUGGUAGUAUACCCAUAAGGCAUUAGGGUUGGAGCCUUUUGUGCAUUAGUGGUAUUAUUUGUAUGAUCUUUGCGCAAUAGUUUGCCAAAUGGAUCACAGAAAAAUUUACUGCGCACUCCUUGGGAUAAUUAUAUUUGUGCCCCCUGGUUUUUCGCAGCAGCGGCAAUUUGCUCUCU